CUUUGGAUCCGCUGAGAUCGGGAGAGGUGUGAAAUAUAUACACAUAUAAAUAUAUAAUGAGAGAGAGAAAAAACUGAGGAAAAACGGAGACGGAGACAAACAAAGGCCAAAGACAAGCGCGUAGAAGAUGCGCGAAUUGCGUCGGACAGAAUUCAAACUAUAUUAAGUGCAGCCGAUCGCGGGCGGUAUAUAUCCCAACGAUCCGUGCCGACAGUUGUCCCAAGACAUUGCCCCAGAGCAGAAUCUCAAGCACAGGCGGCGACACCUGUCACCGGGAGAAUUACAUAAAAAAAAACUCAAAUAAAAAAGAAAACACACAAACACGACAAAAAUUCUCCACAGCCGGAAAAUCAAAAUUGAUAAAACAAUAUAGAAGGAGGAAAAAUAACGAAAAGUUAUCCAAAAUAAACAAGAAAACAGAUCGCAAAUAGUUAAGAUUGUGAGGAUCGCAGGAUCCAAAGAUCAAGUCGAGAUGUCGUACCGCGGAAUGCUAAGCACCUCGGACGACUCGUCCGCAGAGAGGGGCGCUCCUGGCAUGGAGUCCUUUGAAGGUUCAGUGAUGUCCCAUCCGACCACAAAUGUGAACAAGACCGGCAGCAAAGUCCUCAACACGUCCUCAUCCAUAUCCCAGCCCCAAAGGGCUACCCCAAAUCGCUGUCCGUGUGACCUCACCGAUUCACCCGUAGAUGAGAAGGCUGAAGCUGAUGUGGAGGUGACCAACGAGAUCUCGGCUCCAUACGAGGUGCCACAAUUUCCCAUUGAACAGAUCGAAAAGAAGCUGCAAAUCCAGCGUCAUCUCAAUGAAAAGCAGGCUACUGGAACCAGGCCCGCUCCUGCAGCUCCCGUUUUGUCAACGCACAGGGAAUCAUCUAGCAGCACCGAGGAACACGAUGCCGCUGUUGAAGUCGACAGAAACGAUGCCGACAUUAAUUUUCAAAGGGUCUCCAUUUCCGGGGAGGACACCAGUGGUGUUCCCCUGGAGGAUUUGGAGCGAGCAUCGACUUUGCUCAUCGAAGCACUUCGUCUCCGCAGCCACUACAUGGCCAUGUCGGAUCAGUCGUUUCCCUCGACUACGGCGCGUUUCCUCAAGACGGUGAAACUUAAGGAUCGCAUUAACAAUGUGCCCGUCAAGGAGGUAUCGGACAUCAUUCGUAAAAUGAGUGUAACGAGCAUACAAGACGCCCAUUUGAGGACGUCGCAGAUGAAGAUGACGAAUCCGUGGAACGUGGAGUUUCCCGAAGAUCAAGAUUUCCGAAUCAAGCCACUAAACGGAGUUUUUCACAUUUACGAGAAUGAUGACGAUAGCAGCGAGAUCAAGUUCGAAUAUCCGGAUAUGAGCCAAUUUGUUAACGACAUGCAGGUCAUGUGCAAUAUGAUUGCCGAUGGGCCAUUGAAAUCCUUUUGCUAUCGACGUCUCUGUUAUCUUUCAUCCAAAUACCAAAUGCACGUACUCCUCAACGAACUCCGGGAGCUGGCUGCCCAGAAGGCUGUGCCACAUCGUGAUUUCUACAAUACCCGCAAGGUUGAUACCCAUAUCCAUGCCGCAUCCUGCAUGAACCAGAAGCAUCUGUUGCGCUUCAUCAAAAAGACACUGAAGAACAAUGCCAACGAGGUGGUGACCCACACCAAUGGUCAGGCUAUGACUCUGGCCCAAGUGUUCCAAUCAAUGAACCUGACAACCUAUGAUUUAACCGUUGAUAUGCUGGAUGUACACGCAGAUAGGAAUACGUUCCAUCGCUUCGAUAAGUUCAACUCCAAGUACAAUCCAAUUGGGGAGUCGCGACUCAGGGAGGUGUUCCUCAAGACAGAUAACUAUCUAAAUGGCAAAUACUUUGCGCAGAUCAUAAAGGAAGUGGCAUUCGAUUUGGAGGAGUCCAAAUACCAGAACGCCGAGCUUCGUCUCUCCAUCUAUGGAAAAUCCCCUGAUGAGUGGAUCAAGCUGGCCAGAUGGGCCAUCGAUAAUGAUGUAUACAGCUCGAACAUUCGCUGGCUUAUACAGAUACCGCGACUUUUCGAUAUCUUCAAGUCGAACAAGAUGAUGAAGUCAUUCCAGGAGAUUCUGAAUAAUAUAUUCCUGCCGCUCUUCGAGGCGACAGCCAGACCCAGCCAGCAUCCAGAGCUACAUCGUUUCCUACAGUACGUGAUCGGUUUCGAUUCGGUGGACGAUGAGUCCAAGCCAGAGAAUCCACUUUUUGACAAUGAUGUUCCGCGACCUGAAGAGUGGACCUACGAGGAAAAUCCUCCAUAUGCUUAUUAUAUCUACUAUAUGUACGCGAACAUGACGGUGCUGAACAAGUUUAGACAAUCGCGCGACAUGAACACCUUUGUGCUGCGUCCUCAUUGUGGCGAGGCUGGGCCGGUGCAACAUUUGGUCUGUGGCUUCCUGAUGGCCGAGAACAUUUCUCACGGUCUCCUUCUUCGUAAGGUGCCCGUGCUGCAGUAUCUGUAUUAUUUGACCCAGAUCGGUAUCGCCAUGUCGCCGCUGUCGAACAAUUCGCUGUUCCUCAACUACCAUCGCAAUCCGUUACCGGAAUACUUAGCCCGGGGUCUCAUAAUUUCUCUAUCGACGGAUGAUCCCUUGCAAUUCCACUUUACUAAGGAACCGCUCAUGGAGGAGUACAGCAUUGCGGCCCAGGUGUGGAAACUUAGCUCAUGUGACAUGUGCGAGUUGGCCAGGAACAGUGUAAUGAUGAGUGGAUUCCCACAUACCAUCAAACAGCAGUGGCUGGGACCCGUUUACUAUGAGGAUGGAAUCAUGGGCAAUGACAUUACACGAACCAAUGUGCCCGAGAUUCGGGUAGCCUAUCGCUAUGAGACGCUGCUGGACGAGCUCUCCAACAUCUUUAAGGUGAACCAGACAUGCUCUACCGCAGAUUUGCACGCAAAGUAGUCUGGGAACAUCUGCUCCAUCGCGUUGUUUUGGCUUCCUACGCUAACUUAAUGCAAAAUACGCAGAUAUAUAUAUAUACGCUAGUUAUAUACAUAAUUUAAAUGUUUCUUUACUAACCAAAAUGUAAACGCGGCAGACCAAAACCUUUAAAUAUACAAAACUUGUACACGCAA